GGUGCACUCGAAAUUCGGCAAUUUCACAGUUAUACGCCAGCAAUAAUGUGAAUGAAAGUCCCUGCACGAGGGUGACUGAAGGCUCCGCGUGUGCAGGUUUCUAAUUUUAAAUCCGACAAGUGGCGUAAACCCGAGUUCUCGUAUCGGCCUCUACGCUGUUCCGGCAAGCUGCAAAAGCGGGCCAUCAACAGCUCGCUAGACCAUUACGCUAUGUCGCGGCUCAAGUGAUCUGCACGCUUCUCUUACUGCUCGCCAAGAUGUUCAGCUUCUUCAAACGCGCCAAGAAAGAACCACCAGGCAGGGAUGAGAGGAAGCUUAGGGAGACCCCCAAGGGUCGGAAUCAUGAAUGGCAGACUGCGAAUGUUGGUCCGUGUAAAAAUACCACAAAUUCGGAGAGUGCGCUUGAAGAAAACGCCCAACUGGUGCCAAACUAUACGUCGUCAUUGGCAUCCGAGGAUUCGCGGGAAAUUUGUGCAGUCGGUGAAACGACGGGUCCAGAGGAAAUACGGGGUUUUCCCAAGGCUAGUGUUGGGGUUGAGAAGGCCAUGGAUCAAGUUCCCUUAGCGAUGUUGUCUUACGCGGGUGCCCUAAAAACUCCAGAACCUAGACAGAACGUCAAGCCUUGCGGACAUGGUACUUUGGCUAUUGCACCAAGGGCACCUGUUCCAGGUACCAAGAGGGAAAACACGGGGACGCCACCAGCAAGCCCCAAACUGGAGAUUAAGAAGUUCAAGGAGAGGUCGAAUACCACACCGGAGCUGUAUAGGUUGGCUGAAAAAAUCGAAAAGAAGGAUUCGACGAAUAACGUAACUCAGAUAACAACGGGUCCCGGAUUUUCACCGAAAGCGAUGAAGAAGAUUGACGAGGAUAAAGAGAAGAAUCUUAUCAAUCAAGAAGCAAAAUUUCAAAGUGAAUUGAACGAUUUGACGAAACAAUUGGCUUCACGAGAUGCAGAAGCUAACAAACUCAGGUUCCAAAUGGAAGAAUUACAGCGUGAUGUAUUCGCAAAAUCUGCAGGAAUGGAUAGAUUACAAACAGAACUUCAAGCAGCUAAUAAGGAUUCGGAGGUGACUAGAUUGAGAAUACGAAAUUUAGAGGCCGAGCUAACAAAAUUUAGGGAGAAUAAUUCACGUCUUACCGAAAACUUAGAAACUAAAACAGAAGAAUUUCUGGAAGAGGAAAACAAGUCUAAAGCAAAAAUUGAGGAGUUACAAGAGAUUUUAAGGCAGCUAAAAACAAAAAUCAAUUGGUUAGAACAACAAAUUCAAAGUUUGAAACAAGAGAAAAUUGAAUUGGUGAAACAGCAUGAACAGAUGAAAGCAGAAAAAAUCGAAGAAGAGAAAAGGAACAAGGAAGCCCUUGAGCAAGCAAUGCGACAAAGAAACGAGAUCGAAGCCAAGUGGAAACAAGAUUUCGAAAAGCUUAGAACAAUAAAUAUUAUGAAAGAACAAGACCUUCUAGAUGACUUCGAAUGGAAGUUACGAGAAGUUCAACAGAGUUGUAAGAAAAGAUUGGAGGAGAAAGAUAGAUGUAUGGAAGAACGAUUAUUGAAAGCUUACAAACACGCAGAGCAAAAAAUGAAAGAAGCAGAGGAAGUGAUCGAACAGCUUAGUUCUCUCAAACAAUAUGAAACUGAGGUUGUUAAACUAAGAGGACUAACCGAAGAGCAAGCACAAACACUUCAAAACAUGAAAGAAAAACAAGAACAAAUGAAAUCCGCAGAAACGAAUCUUAAGAAUGAAGCUCAAAGACUUAGAAAAAUGAUGGACACAGAGAAAGAAAACAUACAACACAUCCAGAGACUUCAUCGACAGGAACUCCUAGAUAAAGAAAGGAAAUUGCAGCAAACACUAGACGAGAAGAGGCUAGAAAUAGCAAAAUAUUGGGAAGAUAAAUUAUUACAUGAGAUCGGAAGAUUGAAAGAGGAAUUAGAACAAAUAUAUACUGAGGAACAGCAUGGUGCUGUUCAGAGGGUACGAGAAGAAAAGGAGAUAGAAUUUGAAAUGGCCAAAAAAGAAUGGGAGAAGAAAGUCAAGGAAUGUUCGAAAGAGAUAGAAUUCCUUAGGAGAAGCAUCGAUGAAAAAGAUUCAUAUUUUCAUGAAGAAAUCGAGAGGCAACAAACAAAGACUGAUCAAGAUAUUUUGGACCUCAGAAGACUAAUGGACAAAAUUGAUAUGAACCAUCAUGAAAGAUAUGAAAAAUUGAUAAUAGAGCAUGACAAAGAAUUAGAAAACUUGAACAGGGAAACUGAACAGAGGAUCAAGGAGGUUGAGUUUGGAUGGCAACAACAGGUCACAAUUUUAAGGAAGACAUUGGAAACGAUGAAAGAAGAAAUGGAACAGGAAUCGCAACAUAAGAUAGCAAUGUUGAUAGAAAAACAUCGUUCUGAAUUAGAUGAACAAUGGGAGAAUUUGAGGAAACAAAAACAAGAAGCUAUUGAUCUAGUUGAAAACGAAUAUGUUUCUAAAUAUAAAGCUUUAGAAGAAAAUUUUCUUACACAACAAAAAUCGCAUGAACAACGUGAAAUAGAGCUAUUGAAAACUGUAGACAGUCUGAAAAAUGAACUGGAAAGUAAGAAUUCCAUAAUAGAUGAUCUUCAAAAUAAUGUUGAUACUUUGGAAGGUGGAAUACAGGUAUUGAAUAUGGAAAUUGCACAACAGUGCGAGGAUUUGACUAGAGCAAGAGAAGAAGCAAAAAGCAGAAUAAAACAUUUCCAAGAUUAUUCUGAAAUUUCCAAGAAAGAAAAUGAUGACGAAAAAGAAAAACUCAAACAAGAAAUGACCCAAACACAAGCAAAAGAUAAAGAAACAAUCGAAAGGAUGCAGCUCAGAUACAACUGCUUGGAAAAAUUAUUCAACGAAGUGCGGCAGAGAUACGAGAAUAGAGAAUCUAAACAGGAAGAUUUGAACACAAUAGCUGACCUGCGAAGGAUGAUAUCAGAACAGGAAAAAGAUAUAGCGUGCAUGAAUGAAGAAAAACGAUAUUUCCAGAUGCAAUGUAUGAUCUUAGAAGCAAAACUGGAUGGGAAUUACUCAGAGGAAGAAGUAUUUCAGGACGCGGAUACAGGAAACACUAUUGCUAAAGUUAAUAAUACCAAUCAAGAUCUUUCGUUUAAUGGAGCUUUCUCUGUGAAUUCAAUGAACGGAUCAAAACUAUCGAUACCUCCUACAAUUCAAGAAUGCGAUGAUGUCGAGGAAUGAAAAUAAAAUAUCCUAUUUGUAUAAAUUUUUGACUUGUAAUUAUAAGAUUUUUAUGAA